AUGAUACUGCUGCUGCUGCUGCUGCUGCUACUCGUGCGUGUUUCUCUCCUGCUGCAGCCGACCAAACGAGGAAGGUCAAGGGAACAUGUUGUGGUAGUGGCGUGGCGCGGAACCUACUCCGACGUUGCACACAAUGCAUCUCAUCUCCAUCCGGCACGCCCGAUUAAUACGACGUCGCAUGUAUUAGAAGAUGACGACGGUGGUGUCAUGGUGAUUAUGAUAAUAGCAGUAUGCAACCAAGCGCUGACGUGCGUCUGGAAGUACAUGCCAUGGUGGUUUUCUAGAUUAUGUGCAGCUGAGCGUCUAGGCCCCGUCGACGUUGGCUAUCAAAGUACUUCCAUGCCAAUGGCCCCCAUGUCCAAUACGGCAAGGAUAGUUGGAGUCGGGCUUCUAGUGGAGGAAGAAUGCACAGUCGGGGGUGGAAAAGCAGGGUAG